AACGUCGUGUAGGCAACAUCACCGACUGACUCAAAGGGAGCAAAUAUACAGCCAUUGGAGCAAACCCUUAUCUGUAUGAUAUCAAUGGUAUACACUUUACUGUAUCGGACAUAGGAGGUCAACUGCUUCUUUAGAAAAUGUCUAGACUACAGUUGUUACACCUAUUUGUCAGUGAGCGGCUAAGAGCGGCUGCUGCUGAAAUAUUUGGGGCCGUGGAAAAAACAAUAACGGAUUACCAGGAAGAAAUCUCCCGUUCAAAGGAGGACAACGACCGUUUACGAUCGCUGUUCGAUAUCGCUUUCCAACCUCAGUUACCGAAAGCAGACCCACUCCAUCUCACUCUCUCCAAAGAGCUUCUCCCUGAGCAUCAGCACCAUGAGCAGGAGUGGAGCCCCAGUCUGGACCAGGGGGACCAAGAGCCCACGCAGGUUAAAGAGGAACCAGGGGAGUUUGGGACCAGUCAGAGGGAGGAGUUAAUAACCAAAGACUCCAUUUUGAGGGACUGUAAUCAGAAACCACCUGAGCCACAUCUUUACCACAUCCAAAUAGUGGAGAACAGAGAGAGGGACUCACUAUCGAUCAACACAACAGGAGAGAUCAAAACAGAACCUGGUGAAGAGUGUUAUGGUGGGUCUCACUGGGAACCAACCAGUGACUCUCAGUCCCUCUCUGCAGUAAAUCCUGACAGUUCUGCAGCUCAGACUGAAAACAGUGAAAGUGACGAUGGGGUGGACAGUGGAGGACUACCAUCAGGGCUACAACCAUUACAAUCUAACAACACCCAAACCACUUCUCAAGAUAAUAAGAUGUUUCCAUGCCGUACGAAAUCACGCCGCCAAAGACUAGCCACACCGUGUUUUUGUAAAGUGUGUGAAAAGUCUUUUGACUUCAUAAAUCAUUUAAUCAAUCAUGUGCGAAUGCAUGCAAAGGAUAAAGAUCACGUCUGUGGUGUAUGUGGAAAUGGCUUUGAGUCCACAGACAGCAUGCUGGAUCACCUACUAACACACAUUGGAGCCAAACCUUUUUGCCAGAUGUGUGGUAAAUGUUUCACUAAUAAGGCGAACCUGAAAGUGCAUAUUGUGAGGGCUCAUGCCGGUGAGAGACCAUUUGAGUGUCCUGUGUGUGGAAAACGCUUUCAAACAUCAUUCAUUUUAAAAACACACCAAGUCAUUCAUACUGGGGAGAAACCAUUUCAGUGUCAAGAUUGCGGUAAACAUUUCAGUCGAAAAGGAAGCUUACAGAUGCACCUGAGGACACACACAAAGGAGAAGCCACAUCGUUGCCAUGUUUGUGGAAAGGGCUUCCCUGUGAAGAGAUCCCUGACCACACAUAUGACAAGUCACACAGGAUUGAAACCGCAUCGCUGUGAAGAAUGUGGCAAGGCCUUCGCUGUGAGUGAAGCCCUGACAGUGCACAUGAAGACUCACCUAGAGGAGAAACCGCAUCCAUGCCAUGAAUGCAGCAAACGCUUCAAUCGGAUGGGAUCCCUUAGAAGGCAUAUGAGCUUGAUUCACAAACUGGAGAAAUCGUGAUAUGUGUGGGGAAAAUGUAUCGAUUUAAACUAGAUUUGAAAAGUACUAACUGAUAUCUAGAAUUAUACACAUACUGUAUCUCAGAAGUCACUGCUUAAGGUUGAAAAAGGUAGACAAUAAUGAAUGCAUGAACUUGCAUAACAUUGUGGGGAGCCACAGAGUGGUGUGUCUAACAAAGACCUGUUACUGGAUUAAUUCAAAUUGCAUGUUUUGAAAAUGUGUACGUGACUGCUUGAAUGUGUGUGGUUUGAGAAGGGGGCUCUUUGUUGAAAUAUUGAAAUAUGUCAAAUCUAUUUUGACUGUGUUGCACAAAAUGUAAUAGUUUAAUAAAACAGAUGUUGAA